AUGUUCAGAUUGCUGAAUGUGUUCUUCUCGGAUAGGUUCUACGAGGCGCUCCUUGCCACGGGAAAUCAACUCUCGCGCGAGGAGAUCGACCAAGGGGGCUCAUCGUUUUGGACGGACGUUGCGGCAGGCAUCACCGCGUCAUUUAAGAUGGUGCAUUCAGCUGCGAAGCUGAAGAGAAUGUGGAAAGAGGUGAGCAGUAAAUUCGCCAAGGCAGAAGCCAAGUCAAAGGUAUCUGGGCAAGGCAGUCACCAUUUUUGGGACUUCUGUGGAGGUCGCGCAGACGUUUACUAUCUGGACCAAUGGUGUGAACACCGGCAGGGUGGGCGGGGUCAGCAGAUAUUCUUGAUCGUGUGA